AUGGGUAUUGCGGGGGCAGAAGCUAAAAAAGAAGAGUUUUUAAGGGAUAUAAACUAUCUCGAGAAUGAUGCAAGGUACGAAGUUAGUUUACCGUGGAAAGAUAAGUGCGUUCCAAAAUCGCCUAGGUACAGUAUGUGUUUGAAGCGACUUUAUCAACUCAAGGCUCGUCUCGAUAAAGACAAAUCUUUACUCGAACAGUAUGACAACAUAAUUAAGGAACAAGCGAAAAGUGGAAUUACAGAACCCGUAGUUAAGCCUGCACAACGCAGCCAUUAUUUACCUCAUCACGGAGUACAACGUGAAGAUAAAGAGACUACGAAAUUGAGAGUCGUAUUCGAUGGUUCAGCAAGAUCGUUCAAAGAUGACGUGUCUUUGAACGAUUGUCUUGAAAAGGGGCCGAAUUUAGUCCCUCAUCUGUUCGAUACCGUAGUUAAAUUUUCGUGGCUAUCUUAUCGGACUUGUCGCGGAUAUUGA